AUGUGUGCACAACUCCUGGCCAACUUCAGCUGCCUAGGAGAGCAGUUGAAGAGCGAGGCAAAACACAUCAGAGCAUUAACUACUCUCCACCCUGAAGGCGGCAGGAAGACCUAUGCCAUGGUGCCUGGCCACUCACCCAGUCAUUCUCUGGCCUCAGAACUGGUGGAGUCCAACGAUGGACACGAGGAGAUCAUUAGAUGUAUUUGAAGGGGAGGUCUGGUCGACAAGAUGAUCCAUGAGAAGAAUAUUAACCAGCUGAAGAGUGAGGUCCAGUACAUCCAGGAGGCCAGAAACUGUCUGCAGAAGCUGCAGGAGGAUAUAAGAAGCAAGCUUGAUAGAGAUCCAGGAGAGUCUCACCAUCGACAGGAGAUACAGGUGGUGCUAGAGAGGCCAAAUGGUUUUAGUCAAAGUCCCACGACGCUGUAUAGCAGCCCACCUGAGGCGGACACCUAUAUGAAUGAAGAUGUCAAGAGCUUGAGGAAGACCGUGCGGGACUUGCUGGCCAAGCUGCAGGAGGCUGAGCAGCAGCACCAGGCAGACCGUGUGGCUUUUGAGGUCACACUCAGCGGAUACCAGAGAAAAGCCGAGCAGAGUCACGUGGCCCUGCAGAGAGCAGAGGACAGAGCAGAGCAGAAAGAGGUGGAAAUCAGAGAGCUGCAGAGGCGCUUGCUCGGGAUGGAGAUGGAGCAUCAGGCCUUACUGGAGAAGGUCAGGGAAGGGGAGGCGGCCCUGGAAGAACUUUGGAGCAAGAAUGCUGACUGCCAAGCAGAACAGGAAAAGGCUGCUAACCUGGAAACGGAAGUGGCUGGGUUUCGGGAGAAGAUACACCACUUGGAUGACAUGCUGAAAAGCCAGCAGCGGAAGGUCCGGCAAAUGAUAGAGCAGCUCCAGUAUUCCAAAGCUGUGAUCCAGUCAAAGGACACAAGCAUCCAGGAGCUCAAGGAGAAGAUGGCCUACCUGGAAGCGGAGAAUUUAGAGAUGCACGACCGGAUGGAACACCUGAUAGAGAAGCAGGUCAGUCACGCCAACUUCAGCACCCAGACCUGGGCCAAGACUGAGAAUCUGGGCAGCGUUAGGAUAGCCAAGCCCCCCAGCCCUAAGCCCAUGCCUCUCAUCCGAGUGGAAACAUGAGCU